AUGAGAGUGAAAGAAGGAAAAAUACGAUCGGCUGAAGACAGAUGCAAGCACAGCCCUUCGCAAUGGCGCUCGUCCAACGUCCUCACGCCUGCGAUCUGCAAGCUGAUGCUCGGGCGAAGCAGCGACCGGGAGAUCAGCCACGCGAUGGAGCACUUCAGUCAGAUCGGGCAAUGCCAGUGCGGGAAGAAGGUGAUCCUCUGCAAGGUCUGUCCUCUCUCCGGCGACAAGCUCGCCGAGGGCCUUCCCAAGCUCUGCGGUCAGAGGCUGCCCAACCCCAUCACGGUAGACAACCGAGCGUCGAGGAACGCGAGCUUCUCCUGGCACCUCGACCCCAUACUCUCCGUCAGCUACUGCCCGCCCGACGACUCGCAGCCCCGCUGCAGCCUCUGGCUUCCUGCUGCCGAGCCGAGCGCGACGCAAGCAGAGAGCCAGGCUCAUCAGAGCCUCUGCAACAACGACAGCCCCUGUGAAAGCGCCAACCCCACGCCCAGCUCGGAGGCAGCUGUGAGCUCAGAGGACACUUGGUUCGCGCUCAAGGCCAAGCUCUUGCGAGAGCAGAACCUCAAGAUCGCCUCAGACUCGACCUGGACGCCCUUCCCGCACCUGCCCGCGUCACCCUGGAGCUCGGAGCAAGCGACCGGCAAGGGCACGAGGAGGGACGGCAGGGGGGCUGGAGGGGAGAAGAUCUUGCCGGCGAUCAACCUCGACUAUGACUACUUCUCCUACGUGAAGCUGCACGGGCUGUCCAACGGCUGGCCUGACUUCGUGUUCCAAGAAGACUUCAUGAAGCCCUCCUUGCACGAGGUCGUCGCCUACGCCAAGAAGCACAAGCACCUGCCCGGAGUGAUCCCCGAGAAGAGCGUCCACGCCGGUGACUUCUCGUGCCAGCGAGAGAUCGCGAGUGUCUUGCAGUACGUGGAGAUGCUGGUGCUGUGGGCGAAAGAGCUGAGCGACUGCAACAAGCUGCUGGAGGAGCAGAUCGGGCAGUUCAAGAAGGCGCAUGCGACAGGAGACGAGAGGGAGCUUAUGAUGAAGGUGUCGAAGCUGCUAAGCAACAUCGUCACCAAGAAAUGCAUCCAGCAGCUUCAGCUCUCGAGGCCUCAGGGAGCCGAGCUGCUGCAGUGGAUGCGGGAGAACGGCUUGAUCUGCUUUGCCCGCGUCUUCUCCAAGAACGGGCUCUACUCGCUCGAGCAUGUGGCAAAACUGGACCAGCAGGACUGCGAGAGCCUCACGUGCUCGCUGGAGAGUCUAGGGUCUGUGGGGAAGCGGAUCGAGCUGCAGCUGGCGGUGCAGCAUCUGAGAGGAGACAUGCGAGCCAAGGACAUGAACUACAGGCUAGAGAAGUUCAACGACUCCAAGGUCCCUGUCUUCACCGCCUGGUCGAGCUUGAGCGCCACAGAGAUCAUCUUGUCGAAAGUUUACUUCCAAACCUUGUUCUGUUUGUACGGACUGCUUUGCAUAUCUCAGACAUUCAGGUCGAUGUCAGAGCCCAUGUACUCGUGGUACGGCAUUACUAACAGAUCCACACCAGCAUGGUGUAUAGUCUUCGUACAUUGGCCCUGUGUCCAGCUGCUGGGGGGCUGGCAUGACAAGACCGAGCCAUGGACGCUGCACAAGAGCCUGACGCGGGGGUUUCUGUUCGAGUACUUCUCCCUCGCUCCUUUCACGAUUGUCAUGGCCUACCUGUUUGUCAAUCGUCAGGACAUGAUCGUGACGUUCAUGGCGCUUGUUGGGUUGCAGCAGGGGCUUGUGCUGGCACCAAUGCAUCUUGCUCAAGCUUCGAUGCUGAGAGCGUUCUACAACUUGACUUCAGGUCUUGUGUUCUGGUUUGCGUACUUCACUUGCACGACUCUCAAGUGGAGCAUCCAGAAGAAAGCGUCGAGGAGAGUCAAUGGCGACAAGAAGAAGUAUGCCGAGCAGUGGUCUCGUCUGCUGCAAGUGCCAGCCAACCAGGCGAUAGUGACGAGGCUCAUCGCGAGGACCGAGAGGAUCGAGCAGACGGUCGACCGGGAGUAUCGGGCCUGCUUCGCCGCUGCGACCAUGACGAGGAGCUGGAGGUUUCGGAAUCUCUUUCAGGAGCCUGUAGGGAGGUUCUCCUUCAAGGGGAAGGUCCGCCAGCAGACCAACAACUUCGGUCAGCUCUUCUGGCAAGCCUCGAGCGUCAACGAUCACUUCCACGAGUUCUUGGCCGACCUGCUCAAGAAGAACCUCUGCCAUGACCUCAACCCCUCCAACCCAGCAGUCUCUCACGGCGAGCAGCAGCUCAGGCCCGAGCUUCGCUUCCUACAGCGCGCCUCUCUGAGGGGAGAGGUCAGGGUGGACACGUGGGACAACCUCAUCUUCGUGCGAGGGCCCAUCAAGCAGCCCGAGCGAGCCAUCCAGAAGUGCGUCAGGAUCUAUGGGAGAGACUCUGCCUGCCUCACCGACCUCGUGCGAGCGACUGUGGUGGUGGAGCAGCUGGAGCAGGUGGAGCAGCUGCUGGCGUUCCUCGAGAGCAUCUCCGUCAUCGGCACCAAGCAGGAUCGGAGAGGAGGGAAGCAGCAGCAGCAGCAGCAGUCUCCUUCAAGUCAGCCCUUGUUCCGCAUCGUACGCGUCAAGAACAGGUUCUCGGACUCGAGCCGCUACUACGAGCCGGAGAACGCGUACCGGAACCUGUCGAUCAACCUGGAGGUGGGCUGGGUCUUCGAGGAGGAGCAGUGUAAGUUCCUGCCGGUCAGCGAGUGGGACCUCAAGAUGGCUGAGACCCACAUCUGCGAGCUCCAGGUACAUCUGCUGUCGCUCUACGAGCAGUACCAGGAGGGAUCCAAGAACUACGUGCUAUGGCGCGACAUGCUCACCAGAUAG